AUGUCGAAGAACAAAAAACUGUCGCUGUCGGGCGGCGACACGACAGAGAAAUUUAUUUACAAACUAAAGGAUCUGAUAUGGGCCAAGAUGAAGGGCUUCACCCCGUGGCCGGGCAUGAUUGUGGACCCGCCAUUGGAUAUGCUCAGCCAGCAACGUCGCGCGAAUUGCAAGUGUGUCUUCUUUUUCGGUUCCCGAAACUUUGCUUGGAUUGAGGAAAACAACAUUAAACCCUUUGAGGGUCCCUGGAAGGAUGAACUGGCCAAGGUGAGCAAGCCCGCUGCAUUUAGGCACGCCAUGACGGAUAUUGAGAAGUACAUUGACGACCCCGCUGAAGUGGACGAGCAGGUCAAUGCCAGCUGCGGCGGGCCAAAUCAUGCCACCGAAGCGGACUUUGACAAAAUCCGCGAUGGUCUCGACAAUGAAGAGAGUGCUGCAGACGAUUCAGUUGCUGAUGGCAAUAAUGGUGUAGUGGCCCAUGUGGUCGGCAGUCCUGAGGCCGAGGGCUUAGAUAGGGAAAAUAAUGCAGACUCUGCAGCAUCACACGAAGAUGCCGCCGCCGCUUCAGCCGUGACGACGACGCCGGCGACCACAACAAAAUCAGGUGGCAAGCGGACGCCAAAGGCCAAGUCCGUUUCUGCUGUCGCUGUUAAGUCAGGCAAGUCCUCUUCCACAAAAUCAGCACAGAAACGGCGGACCUCCGCGCAACAGACCCCCACCGGAGCAUCGAGCGCCAAGCGUGGCAGGCGAGCGGCUUCCGGAGAGACAGCAGCGGACCAAGCCGGCACCAGCUCUUCGCCCAGGCGUCGUAUCGAGACUGACGCACUGAUGGCCUCGCUGGCGGCCAAACGGGCACCGAAUGCAAUCGCACUGCUGGACCGUCCAGUGGUCACGCGGCCAGAGACGCAGGCCAUCGACAUGAACUCGCGGUCGAACACGUUGGCCGAUCGCGAAAUCGUUCCAUCGGAUCAAACCUUCGGUUUCCUGGGCCUUGGCAUGAUGGGCUCGACCAUAGUUAAGGACUUGAUAUACACGGGGCACAAGGUUGUGGUCUGGAACCGCACCAUUGACAAGUGUCAGCCUUUCGUGGAGGCCGGUGCCGAAGUUAAGGACACUCCCAUGGAUGUGGUGGAAGCUGCUGAUGUUAUAUUCUGCUGCGUUUCGGACCCCAAAGGCGCCAAAGAUCUCGUUUUUGGCAACUGUGGCGUCCUGCAGCUAAAGGACCUUAACAAUAAGGCCUACGUAGAAAUGUCGACCAUUGAUCCGGAAACCUCCUUGGACAUUGGCGAGGGUAUCAAGCAGUGCAACGGUCGCUAUCUGGAGGCGCAAAUCCACGGGUCGCGUCAAGACGCAGCCGAUGGUAUGCUCAUCAUCCUCGCCGGCGGUGAUCGCACAGUGUUCGAGGAUUGCCACUCGUGCUUUAAAACCAUUGCUAAGAACACGUUCUUCUUGGGAACAGAUGUCGGAAAUGCUUGCAAGGUGAACCUGAUUUUGCAAACCAUUCUGGGAGUGAGUAUGGUUGGACUCGCUGAGGCGUUAGCACUGGCUGAUCGUUUCUCAAUUUCGCUGAAGGAUAUAAUAGACAUUUUUGAUUUAACUUCAAUGCGAUCACCGAUGCUGCUGGCCAAGGGGAAAGAAAUGGCCAAGGGUGACUUCAAUCCACAGCAGCCGCUGAGCCACAUGCAGCGCGACUUGCGUUUGGUGCUUAACAUGGCAGAGAAUUUGGACCAGUCUAUGCCUGUCACCAGCAUCACCAACGAGGUGUUCAAGCAUACCAAGCGCUUGGGCUAUAGCGAACACGAUUCAAGCGCCGUAUUCGUAAGAUCCAGAUUUUAACAAUUAGUUAACACGACUAACGUUUAAACUAUAUUUUAUCAUUUAGUUUAAAGCGUACACACCGAACAGAACCGACACUGACACACAGCCGAACAUAACAGUAAUGCAUUACCCUCACUAUCUACCCACUCACCCACCAACCUGACAGAAACGUUCGAUCGCAGGGGAUGCACAGGAUGUUAAUGGCCAUUCAUAUGAACCAUUGGCUGCGCUUGCGUAUUCCCUCCGAUUGGCAGCGUCGUUCUAGUUCGUUCAUAUAUUUCCCAACCUUUUCCCGCACCCGAAACUAGGGCUAUUUCAAAGCAGAUCAAGAUUUCGAGCCGAUGUGCAUUGUGGAGCGCUUGUCGCCGGCCCCCUAACCCGUCUCGGGGGACCUUCCUUAAAACGUCGUCGUUUGGCGUGAGUCUGGGGAAGGUUUUUUUAUUCAAGGCAAUGGCGGACCAUGCAUGAGUGUCGUAAACGGACCGACUUUUGCAUGAUUAUUGUAUUCGUCGGCGACAUCCUAAACAGCGAGAGGGACCGGGCAGAGUUCAUCGCAAUGGGCGAUGAGGUAGCUUCCCAGAUGUCACAACAAAGAAGUAUAUGCAUACAAAAACUGUAAAUGUAUAGAGUAACGCAUCCGAAUAAAUUGUAAAAAAAGAAUAAUAUAUUGUAAGGCACACAACUGUGUGUGUGAGUGUAGAGCCAAACGGAGCGCGGUCCCUUUUGUAUGCAACACGACCUUAAGACCUUCCCAAUCAUAUCCUUAUUUAUGCAUUUACGCCAAACUUUUUAAUAUUUUCUCCGUGUAACACUUUUGUUCAAAUGCACGCCAGGCACUAGAAACACAUUUUAUAUAUUUUUGUCUAAGAAUAAAGAGUAAGCUGAACGAUCAUUCAAAGUAAA